CUCUCACUCAACUCACUCUCUGUACUGAGAUAUGGAGAACAAUGAGGUUGAAUGAGAGGGAGAUGGAGAAAUUAUGGCGAAAAAAUUUCAGACGGCGGCGACGGCUGAGGAGGAAGAGAUUGAUCGUGCGAUGGAGAGGGCGAAUCAAGAUGAUGAAAGGACCAUAUCGGUUCCUGCAACAAAUGUUGCAAAUUCGAUUCACUAUCGAGGAGUUAGAAGACGACCAUGGGGAAAAUACGCCGCUGAAAUAAGAGACCCUGUGAAGAAAGGUAGGGCAUGGCUGGGAACGUUUGAUACGGCUGAGGAUGCAGCCCGUGCAUAUGAUAUGGCAGCGAUCAAUCUCAGGGGAUCAAACGCUAUAACCAAUUUCCCAUAUCCAAACUAUCAUUUGAUUUCACCAAACAUUCUCAUGGAUAGUCCUCUUUCUCAACUUCCUCAGCAACUUAAUGCCCAGAGACCUGCUUCUAGUGGUAUGAGUAGCACUGUUGAAUCAUUCAGUGGUCCAAAACUUUCAAAACUUUCAAAACCACCUAACCCAAAUCCCAUUUCAUCAAUCGGGAAGCCUCGCACUCCCCCAUUAUCUCCUGAUGAUUACCAUAGCGAUUGUGAUUCUUCAUCCUCUGUAAUCAAUCAUGGAAACAAUGAUUUCACUUCCAAAGGCAAUGGCAAUGGCAAGUAUCCUCUUCCAUUUGAUCUUAACCUACCUCCACCAGAUGAGACUGAUGACUUCUCUAAUCUCCAUAUCUGAGGAUCAUUCACUGGUUUACAAAAAAAAAACUACCCCAAUAAGACCCUUUUUUUUUUUUUCUUUUUCUUUUUUUUAUUAUCAUGUGGAUUAUAUUACUUACCUAAAGUAGAUGAUGAAUUGAUGAUGCUAA